GCCUGUAAUCCCAGUGAUUUGGGAGGCCGAGGCAGGCGAACCACUUGAGGUCAGGAGAUCGAGACCAGCCUGGCCAACAUGGUGAAACCUUGUCUCUACUAAAAAUAAAGAAUUAGCUGGGCAUUGUGGCAUGCACCUGUGAUCCCAGAUACUCAGAAGGCUGAGGCAGGAGAAUUGCUUGAACCCGGGAGACAAAGGUUGCAGUGAGCCAAGAUUGUGCCAUUGCACUGCAGCCUGGGAGACAAGAGCAAGACUCUGUCUCAAAAAAAAAAAUUUUUUUUAGCAGAUUUUAGCAGAGACAAGGUCUCACUGUGUUGCCCAGGCUGGUCUCAAACUCCUGAGCUCAAGCAAUCUGCCCGCCUUGGCCUUUCAAAGUGUGGGAUUACAGGCCUGAGCCACUGCACCCAGCCCUUCUCCUCUUGUUAUAAGGGCACCCAUCCCUGGACUAGGGCCCACCCUAAUGACCUCAACUUGAUUACGCUGGCAGAGACUUAUUCCCAAAUGAGGUGCUAUUUACAGGUACUGGGGGUCAAGGCUUCAGCAUUCUUUAGCUGGGGGCCACAAUCAGUGACACCCUGACUCGCAAGCCUCAAUCACCUGUUCCAGUGAGAAACAGGACUGAGAUCAGAAGGAAUGAGGCAGAGCUGCCCUCGGCUGGUUCUCCUCUCCUCCUCACCUGCCCACCCGGGCCUCUGCGCCCGUCACUGUCCUCUCCAGCUGUUCUUCCUUCGGGGCAAGGAGACUCAGCAGAAGGGUACGAGUGGCCUGGCCCUGUGGGGAGCUGCAGACAGGCCUGUGGGUGCUUUGGAUAACUACUGCGCCUGUCAACUCUCCUUGGUAGUCUAGGGUUCAAAGCCCAGGUCCAUUCUAGAAGUCUGCUUCCAAGCGCUAAGGAAGCUUCAAUAGUUACUGGGAAAACCACAGGGGUCAAAGGUCCGUCGAGUUAUUUCCCGGAUCCGAGUUUGACGUCUUUUCCCCGCCGCUUGCGGUGGUUGUGACCGAACUUUGAGUUUUGGAACAGGUCACAUGGCUUUGAAAUCACGGUCCAUUCACCUGGUGCUGCUUUGGCUUCAGGCUCUUCCUUCUGCCCAGCUCCAUCCCACCCAGCAGCCCGCAGAGAAAGGAGGCAGCUGGCACCACACUGGGCUUUGGAGACACUGCGGGGACUGUGGACCCCACCCUGCUGCACGGAGCUCCUGCAAAAGCAAACCUGAGAACCUUGGGUCCUCCCAGCGCCCAGCCAUGGGGGAACUGUGCCGCAGGGACUCCGCACUCACGGCACUGGACGAGGAGACAGUGUGGGAGAUGAUGGAGAGCCACCGCCACAGGAUCGUACGCUGCAUCUGCCCCAGCCGCCUCACCCCCCACCUGCGCCAGGCCAAGGUGCUGUGCCAGCUGGACGAGGAGGAGGUGCUGCACAGCCCCAGGCUCACCAACAGCGCCAUGCGGGCCGCCAGGGCUGAUGAUAGAAAGCAGCAGAGAAUCUCCAAGUGUAAGACAUUAGUCAAAGGCCCGGCGUGGAGCCCACAGGUCCUUAGCGUUCGGAAGACGAUUGCCUUCCCAGCCCACUCCAAGGAAGAAUCAGUGCUGCCUGGCAGCAGCCUCCAGGGACAAGAGAGAAAAAAGCUCAGCAUUAGCAGAGAAGACGGACUUCUGCAGUGGCACCUACAGCUGCUCCCUUGGCCUCCCAAACAACCCAGGUGUGAUGUCGGGAACCGGGAAUGCAGGCAACAGAGUGAUUCCAGCUGCCUCACAAGGAAGAGGGUGUGUGGGAAGAGCAGAGCAUCCGGGCUGGAAGCACUGUCAGAACCCUGCGUGCAGCCGGACACUCACUGUUCUUCCCCACGUGUGCUGGGCACCCGCCCUGCGUCAGGCUCUGUUCCAGGAGUUGGGUGAAACGGUGACUGAAAUAGACAGAACUCCUGUCGGUGAUGCCCACGUGAGAGAAUAUAAUCAAUGGACAAUGCACCGCACAUAUUUAAAACGUGCAAAUUGAUCCGUUUUGACGUGUGAAUGUCUGUGAACCAGCUCUACAGUUAAGAUGGUGACCAUCUCCAUCACCCUCAAAGUUUCCUUCUCCUCUUUGGAAUCCCCUCACUCCAGUCUCCAGCCACCCACUGAAUGGAAACCACUGGUAUGUUUUUUGUCAAAAUAUAUUUCUUUGUAUUUUAUAGAAUUUUGUAUAAAGGGGAAUUUUUUGGUCACACACUACUCAACAUAAUUUCUUUGAGAUUUAUCCAUCAAUAACUCAUCCUUUUUAGUGGCUAAAUGGUUUUCCGUUGUAUGCAAAUGCCACCAUUUCUUUAUCUGUCCUUUAUGGAUAUCAGAAUUGUUUUUGAUUUUUUUGUUUGUUUGUUUAAAGACAGGGUCUUGGCUGCGCGUGUGGGCUCAUGCCUGUAAUCCCAGCACUUUGGGAGGCUGAGGCGGGCAGAUCACCUGAGGUCAGGAGUUCACGGCUAGCCUGGCCAACAUGGGGAAACCCCAUCUCUACUAAAAAUACAAAAAUUAGCCGGGCGUGGUGGUGGGCGCCUGUAAUCCCAGCUACUUGGGAGGCUGAGGCAGGAGAAUUGCUUGAAUCCAGGAGGCGGAGUUUGCUGUGAGCCGAGAUCGUGCCAUUGCACUCCAGCGUGGGCAACAGAGCGAGACUCCAUCUCAAAAAACAAAACCAAACUAAAGCAGGGUCUUGCUCUGUCACCCAAGCAGGAGUGCAGUGGCACCAUCAUAGCUCACCAUAGCCUCAACCUCAUGGGUUUAAGUGAUCCUCCCACCUCACCCUCCUGAGCAGCUGGGACUACAGGCAUGCACCAACACAUGUGGCUAAUUUUUUAAAUAUUUUGUAGAGAUGGUGUCUCACUGUGUUUCCCAGGCUGGUCUGGAACUCCUGGCCUCAAGUCAUCCUCCUGCCUUGGCCUCUGAAAGUGCUGGGAUUACAAACGUGGGCCAUCACCCUCAGCCCCUCUCUGCAAUUUUUGGCUAUUAUGAAUAAAGCUGCUAUGAGCAGUCAUGGACAA